AUGAGCAAAGGUGGACUGAUUAUCCGAAAGAAUGAGCGCUAUGAGAUAUCGCUCCCGGCGAGGGCGCGAGUUGCGUUCUCGCAUGCUGAACUCGUGAAGUUCAGCAAGGGCGCCAGCUCAAAAGACGGCUGGGUUGAUGUGCAUCUGAUCGAUUUCUCGACGGCGGGGAUCGGGAUCGUGUCCACAACUUUUUUCCCACGAGGCACACUGAUUGAGAUUGAGGUCCCUGAAGCCGGUGAAGAAAGCACGGAUGUCAUGAUCCGUUGUGAGAUGCGUGUCAUGCGUGUGCAGAUGACCGAUCGCCGACCAGCGUACCUGAUUGGUGGAGCGUUCACGGAAAUGACCGAACGGCUCGAAGAGCAGAUCACCAAGUCGCUCAUCGAGGAAGGCAAACUCAGCGAGCGUGAUGUCGAAGAAAUUCGUGAGUAUGCGGCUGAAUACGACGCGCCGAUGGAUGAGGUCGCACUCAAGCUCGGCAAGAUCUCCGCGCGCGAUAUGGCAAUGGCCAAAGCGACUGUCUGCGAGUACCCAUUUGUUGAUAUCGAGUUGUUCGACAUUGAUAUUGCGAACUCACGGCUGAUGCCCAAGAGCAUGGCGGAGCGGAACAACGCGUUCCCGCUCUUUGUUACUGGUGAGAUCGCGACUGUGGCGAUGCACGAGCCGCUGGAUCUGCAGGCGCUCGAUGAAAUUCGUCAGACGCUGCGUAUGCAGAUCGAUCCAGUCGUUGUCGAUACCAACAAGCUCAGCUCGUUGAUCACCCGAGCCUACUCAUUGGACACGAGUAUUGAUACAGAUCACGAGGUCGAUCAAGAAAUCGCGAUUUCGAUCGAGCAGGAACCAAUCGUAGCCGCGGUGAAUCAGAUCCUGUUCUCGGCAGCAGAGAUGAACGCGUCCGACAUCCAUAUCAAUCCUGACGACAAGGUGCUGCAUCUUCGGUAUCGCGUCGAUGGUGUCCUCAAUACCUCGCGUGGUCCAGCGAUCACGCUUCAUGAAGGAAUCAUCCAGCGUCUCAAAGUUAUGGCGCAUCUGGAUGUAGCGCAGACUCGCCGUCCGCAGGACGGGAAGUUCCGCUUUGUGUUUGAUGGUCAGCCGAUCGAUGUUCGUCUGAGUCUGAUCCCAACCAUCCACGGCGAGAACGCGGUGCUCCGUUUGCUCAGCAGCGCUGCGAAGAUUGGCCAGAUUUCUGAUCUCGGGAUGCCCGCGAAGAUCGCGGAUUCGUUCCAGAAGAUUAUCUCCAAGCCCCACGGCAUGGUGCUUGUGACCGGUCCGACCGGUUCGGGUAAAACGACGACUCUGUACACAGCACUGAAUCAGAUCAACACGGCGGAUCGGAACAUCAUGACUAUCGAGGAUCCGGUGGAAAUCCGUCUCCCGAUGAUUCGUCAGGUACAAGCGAACAGCGCGAUCGGUCUCGAUUUUGCAUCCGCUCUGCGUUCGAUGCUGCGUCAGGACCCCGAUGUUAUUCUUGUUGGUGAAAUCCGUGACAGCGAGACCGCGAAGAUCGCAACGCAAGCCGCGUUGACUGGUCACCUAGUAUUCUCGACGCUUCACACCAAUGACGCGGUGGGGGCGAUCCCAAGGCUCAAAGAGUUUGGUGUCCCGGCGUUCGCGAUUAACAACGCGUUGCUCGGAGUGAUCGCGCAACGCUUGGUGAGGAAGAUUUGUUCUGACUGCGCCGAGUCCGAUUCUCCGAGCGAGCUUGAGCUUCGUUCCUUGGGAUUGAAUCCUGACGAAGGCAUCCAGUACAUGAAGGGACGCGGAUGUGCACGCUGCUUGAGCACAGGGUACAAAGGGCGCGUCGGUGUCUACGAACUCUUUACGGCUACUCCUGAGAUCCGAGAGCUCAUCGAGACUGGAUCAUCGUUUGCUGAACUCGCUGCCGCGGCUCGUCGCGCUGGGAUGCGGACGAUGCUUGAGUGCGGUAUCGAGAGCGCGAAACUCGGGAUCACCACAGUCGAAGAGCUCGGUAAGCUCCACGCGACGGUGGAUGAGGAUAUGGAUGCCGAUGAUAAACCACUGAAGAUGAGCGGGUCAGGACGCAAAGGAUCGUUCGGGAGUGAUCGAAUCUCACAACUUGAGAUCGCGCUGCUCACUCGUGAAAUGAAUGCUUUGCUUGAGGCGAAUAUCCCGCUCUCGCGCGGCCUACUUUCUAUUGGUGAGCAUGAGAAGAACACGAAACUCCGAGACAUGGUCAUUGAUAUUGCUUCCAUGAUCGAAGCGGGGGAGAAGAUCACCGUUGCAUUCUCGAAGUAUCAGAAUGUAUUCGGUGAGGUCUAUAUCGAGACUCUCCGCUCUGCUGAAAAAUCAGGAAGGCUUGCUGCGGUGACUUCGCAUCUUGCAGACAUGCUUGAACGCAAUGUCGAACUGCGCCAGAUGGUCCGGAGAGCGAUGUCGUAUCCGUUGAUUGUGAUCGGAUUUGUCGCGCUGGCGCUUGGGGUGAUUGUCAUCUUUGUUGUGCCACGCUUCGCGGUGAUCUUUGAGAACAACGGCGUUGAUCUUCCUAUGACGACCGCAGUUGUCCGCGCAAUUGGUGCCUCGAUCAUGACCUAUUGGUGGGCGUACCUUUCAGGUGCGAUCACUGCAGUCUAUCUACUCAUCAAGAGCUGGAAAAAUCCGACUGGUCGAUAUCGAAUCGAGUUGCUGAUGCACAAGACGCCGUACAUAGGCAAGGUGCUGACGGCGGUGACGACCGCUCGAUUCUCUAGCGUGCUGAGCAUCGGUUUGGAAUCCGGCAUAGAGGUCAUCGAAGCGAUCGAGAUCUCAGGGAUGUCCACAGGCCGUCCUGUUUUCCAACGCGAAUGCAACGAGAUGUGCUUGGAUAUGCGGAACGGUGAAGCGCUCGAGGAUGUGAUCAACAGCUCAAAAACGCUCCCGAACUUUGCACGCCGAUUGCUGGGAUCUGGGAAAGAUUCGGAUGAACUCGCCAAAGCAGGUCGGAUCAUCGCUCGUCACUAUGACCGCAUGUCCGACCAUCUGACCAAGAACAUCAAUACGGUGAUCGAACCGAUGAUCACGAUCGCAAUGGCUGGGAGAGAUGAGAUGAGAAGAAGCGCCUUUACCCUUGUCGAGUUGCUCAUUGUUGUGGUGAUGCUGGGAAUUCUUGCUGCUGUUGCGGUCCCCAAGUUCAGUUCAGCGUCUGAUGAUGCGCGAUCAUCCUCGGCACAGAGCACACUCGCUGGUGUUCGCUCUGCGAUUGCUACAUACAGAAUGAAUGCCGUGAUCAGCGGGAAUGAUCCAUUUCCUACGCUGGCACAACUGACUGAUGGGACUGUGGUCAAGUUUGAUAUCCCAGCGAACCCAUUCAGCGGCGUUUCGGGCGUGCAAGCGGUGAGUCAGGGUCAAGCAAAUAGCCGAUCUGUGAUCUCUCCGACCAGUGCUGGAUGGAACUACUUUGUCGACAACUCCGCGAAUCCACCAGUCGCGAUUUUCUACUCAAACUCCGAAAACGAUUCAACGGUUGAUGAUGGUUCGGGAGGAGUCCUGGGAGCGAACGCGCGUCAAGCCGCAGCUCGCGAUGAGGUGAUCCGAUUGCUUGAGUACGCACGCGGACGAGCGAUCGCGACUGGAUUCCCGGCUGGAGUACGCGUUGAUACCAUGGAUAGCACUAUCCGGAUUUUGGCUAUAAAUGAAGUGGGGGCGGUUGUUGAUCUCAGUGAUCCCAUCAGCGGCGAUUCUAUGAUGUCCAACCUUCCGAACGAGUUUGCGGAAGUGCUCGUCAGAUCGUUUGUUAAUGGUGAUGGUGGAAACGGCACAGGAACGGUCUGGUUUGAUUACCAAGCGGAGCCUCACACCAGGGAUGAUGUGAGUGGCGUGUUUGAUGCCGUAUUCAUUCAGAAUGCGACCAUCACACUGAGAAUGAGCCGCAGUGCGUUUACUCUGAUCGAAGUGGUGACCAUGGUGAUCGUCCUUGCGAUCGCGGUGCCGCCAACCCUUGAGAUAUUGAUGAGCAAUACCGCAUCACGCGCCAAUGUGAUCAAUACGGGACGCGCGACGAUGCUCGCGAGUAAUGUGCUCGAAGGGAUUAUGGCGGAUGUUUCAUCGAGUGACGAAUCACUCGGAUUCGAAGCGCUCGCGGACGCCAGCGUGUAUCUCGAUACUCCAACGACUGGUUUUUAUAGUCGGAUGAGCACUGCGACGCAGUCUUUCACCAGCCGAGGUAUGACUUACAGCGUACAAAUCGGUGAGCUCGUUGCUGCGGACGGCAUGGUGUCUGGUGAUGCUGGGGACAAUGUGUUCCGAACAGUGACCGUCACGGUUUCUUAUCCCUCCGCAGAUGGGGCGGCGUACACACUCCCAGUGUCGCUGAUGAUGGUUGUUGCGAUGACCAUGAUGUCCGUGAUCGCCGCAGUGAUUAUGCCUGUGAUAGUGUCCUCGACUGAUGCGUAUGCUGUGGCGCGUGAUGCGCGUGCGGAUACGGAUCGUGUACUCUACGCGCUGGAACGCUCGGCUCGUUUGGUGCGUGAAGCACCAUUUGCCGCUGACGAUUCGGGGCUCGCAGUCCAAGUUGGAAGCGCCACUCGAUUCAUACUGACGGAUGGCUCAGGUUUGCGUCUGAGCGGUGAUCAACUCGAGCUGCUCAAGCCGGGGGGGCAGUCAUCGGUGCUGUGCUCCGAGAUCGAUCGCGUGCAAUUCACUUACUAUGACUCAGCUGGGAAUCCGAUGACCAUCGUCAAUCCAUCGCAGAUCCAUCGUGUAUGCCUGCGAAUCCAGAGUGGUGCAAUCGACAUGGAGAUGUACGCAAGAGGCUCGGUUUUGGCGGUGCUCGUCGUGGUGCUCGCAUUGCUCGGAUUGGUCGUCGCGGGUUCGAUCCGUCCGCUUCGAGACGAAGCUACGCUGACAACGAUGCGUGUCGAGACGAUCCGCGCGUUUUAUGCCGCUGAAUCCGGGACAAUGAUCGCGAUCCAGGGAUAUGUAGGGGAAACAGAGAUGCCGAUCGAGGGAUCAUCGAUUGUGGUCAACGAUCAAACAAUCGUCUUCACACAGAUCCCCGAAUCCGACGGCGUUGCGGUGAUCCAUGGUGUGAGCGGCGAUGCGACGCGCCGCAUUGAACUCGAACUUCAGCUCACCAUCGCGCACGCGCGAGGCGGGAAGAUUGUCCAAGCAGAGAGUCUGAGUCUCGAUCAAAGCAAAUGGACUGAUGCAUGGUCUGGUGGUCUCCAUCUUUACGACCUCCCUCUGCGCCAACUACUCGCUCGAUUCAAGGGCGCCAAAAAAGUAUGGCACGCUGAUCUUUUCUAUAAGAGCCCGGGUUCAUUGUGCCGUGUCGAGAUCACUGAUCAUGAUGAAUCAACCGCGAUCGCGAAACUCGAGGGAAGCUUGAAGCAGUCGAUCGGGACUGUCAAUCCAGUCGAUGCGGCCUCUUUGUAUGCUGUGGAAUCUACGAAUGUCUCGAUGGGGGUCGCGGAUACAGAAGCGAAUCUCCAGAAAGUGUUCGCAUGGAUGAAUCGGAACAAGAUCUCAUUGGAUCUGAUUCUCCCAAGCGAUACGGUCCUUGUCGAUCAAGCAUUGAUGUUCGCGCAGCAGACGGAUGAAGAGACCGCGGUUUUGUUCUUGGGUGAGCGGUCAAGCGUGAUCGCGUACAGCGAGCAUGGAGAACCCAAGCUGUUGAGACUCGUCGAGAUUGGGUAUGACAAGCUCAACGCGGUCUAUCAGAGGGUGUUCGCAAAGUCGGAAGGUUCUGAUGAAUCGGGAUCACAUGAUGUAAAUCACGGGUCAUCCGAGUCCACGAAUGAGCAAGAAGUCCUCAAUGGAAUGGGCAUGCUGUUCAAGCACGGCGUACCUGUAGGCAAGCAUAAACGACCAAGCAUUCCUGAACUCCGUGACAUCAUGCCUGGCAUGGCUCCGGUUCUCCAGCGAAUCAAUAUUGAGAUCAAACAGACUUUUCGAUUCGCGAACUCAUUUGAGAACGCUCCAUCCAGACUUUUGAUUUGUGGUCCAGGCGCAUCGAUCCCGAUGAUCGGAUCGGCGAUGGCUGAUGGACUCGAUCUUCAUGUCGAAACCGAUGAGGCGGCUGAGUCAUACAGCUGCGAUGAACUGCUCGGACUCGGAACUCAUGAGCACACCGCGGUGACAAGCUUUGUUACCUCGCUACAGAUUCUUCCUCGAGCUGCAAAGGAACUCCGUGUUCAAUCGAAUCUCUGGGAAUGCUUGAAGAUCGGUGGGGGGAUUGCCGCAGCGUUGGUGAUUGGGCAGUAUCUCUACGCAGAUCAGCAAUUGGCAGAAUCAAAGCAAACAGUGAUUGCCCAGUCCGAUCAGAUCAGUAUGAUCGAGCAAGAUCAGAAUCGCAGGCAGUCCAUCCGCGCCAUGGCGAGCACGAUUGAAACCGCGGCGAACAUGAUCGACGAGGAGAUGGGAUCAUCAGUGGACUGGUUCGAGUUCCUUGGAAUGAUGCCGGAGAUGGAUGAGGAAAUUCUGCAACUCACCGAACUCCAAGCACGGAUGAACGCUAAGCAUCCGAUGGUGAAUCUGUCCGGCAUGGCGAUGGGAGAUGGCGAGGGGAGCGACGCGAGCCAGGUGCUCUCUCAGUACAUCAAGUCAUUGCGUGCAUUGGAUAUUGUCAAUAGGAUCGAGAUCGGGAGUACUUCAAAGUCGCUCUUGGAUGGUGGGCAAUGGGGUCUGAGCUUUGUGCUCGCGAUUGAACUCAAAUCGAAUACGGGAGAGUUCGAGACUCUCACCAAACUCAGCCAGGCUGAUAUGGGAGCGAUGCCGUGA